AUGAGUAGGGGAGUAGCAGCAACUCCGGCCAUAUCGUCGUUUGCAUUGCAGGAGCUUCUGGUUGAGUAUGCAAACAUAAAGACUCUGUGUCCGUCCGGAGUGUAUGUCGCUACGUCGCCUACGACGCCCCAGAUAUGGUACGGUGUGAUUUUUGUACGGAAAGGUCCUUAUGCGGGCGGCAUCUUUCGAUUCAUGCUUUUCUUCCCAGACAGUUAUCCCGCGUCGCUUCCGAUCCUCAAACUGCUCUCCCCGCUGGCCUCGCAUCCUCUUGUGAACCCGCUCACAUCUGAAUUCGACUUUUCGUACGCGGAAAAAUCAGAGGAAGAGAUGCUUUUGUACGAUGAGGCAGAGCGGGAAUCGCCGUUCCGUUGGAACGGGCGCGUCUUUGUCGGUCGUGUGUUGAGCUAUUUCAAGCGGUCGUUCAAGUCAGGCGGUUUAGGCGAGAUCCCGGGUCUUUACCAGCGAGACCCGGAAAGGUUUAAAGCACUAGCAGCACAGGACGUUGCGCAGUCGCGGGCGACUCACGCGCUGUUCGACGAGGAUGAGAAUGGGGAUCCGUAUGCGGGAGACGAGGCGAGUAUGGCGAUGAACUUGGUGUCGGAAGAGAACACGCUGAGGUUUGCGAGACUUGACGAUGGUCCGGCGUUUGCGCGACAGCUGUCAACUAGUCCGGGUUCAGGGUCGCCGACUGCAGAGAUUGGAGCACCGCAGUAUAGCGUUCGGUCGACGAUGGGUGAGACUGGACGAGGGAUUUGGGAGAUUCUUGAGCAGGAAGUUGGUAGCGCAGCCUAG